AUGGCGAUGAUGAGGGCGGCGGCGACGGCGACUGUGACCGCGGGGACUCCUCGAGGACUUAGAGGGUUAUUAUUCUCAACUUUAUCAUCAAGUUUUCCAUUCAAUCCACCGCCGACGAAUCAAGAGAAGCCUCCUCCUGCUGAACCCUCCACCAACCUCUUUGUCUCUGGGCUUAACAAACGAACAACUUCAGAGGGACUUAGAGAUGCCUUCGCAAAGUUCGGUGAAGUGGCGCAUGCUAGAGUUGUGACUGAUCGGGCAUCAGGAUAUUCAAAGGGGUUUGGCUUUGUACGAUACAAUACUUUAGAAGAGGCUGCGGCAGGGAUAAAGGGCAUGGAUGGCCAGUUCUUGGAGGGAUGGGUUAUAUUUGCGGAGUAUGCAAGACCUAGACUGCCUCCUCCCCCACUUGAGAGCAAUGGAUCUAUGUAUGGUCGCCAAUAG